AUGGGAAAGUCAAAGAAACCUCGAGUUAAAGGAAAUGUUCAACCAGCAAGUAGCAGUCGAGCUGCAGAAAUCAUUGCAACGAGUGGUCAGUCACCAAUUGGAAACCUAGGAGGGUUCGCACAGUUCUUAGGUGGGAAAGCAUUUUCAAGCGCAGCAACAAAUGAUCGUAUAUUCCCAGACAGUGCUAUUAGUAGUGGAACUAUAGAUCCUGAGCUGGUCCUUAUAUUUAAAAGGUUAUCUAAACGUGAUCCUACUACUAAAUUAAAGGCUUUAGAAGAAUUUGAGGAAUACCUAAAAAUUGAAGGGAGGAAUGCGGAUGAAUUAGUAGGAAUGAUGGAUAUAUGGACGACAUGGUUCGUUAAAUUGGGGAUUGAUGUGGAUCGUAGGGUUAGACAUGCUACACAUUCCUGUCAUUUUAUUAUUGUAACAAAAAUAAAAAAAAAGAUUGCACCUUACCUUAAAGAAAUUAUUGCUGUUUGGAUAAUUUCUUUAUUUGAUCAAAGUAAAGAUGUUGCAAAGAUAGCCAAUGAUGCUUUUCAGGCAGCUUUUCCAUCCGAUAAACGAGUUGAGGUGUUGAUGUUUGGGCAAGAAAAAAUAUUAUCUUAUAUUACAGAGAUAAUUUUAUUUAAAACUCCCGACACUUUAAGUGACCCUCGAUUCACGUCAAAAGAAGACAUGAACUCUAAAUAUCAUAGAGUUGUUGCAAGUUCAUAUUACGCUCUCGCUCAUAUUAUAAAUCAAUUGGAAGAAAGCGCAUUGGCAAAAAAUUAUGAUAAUUUAUUCGAUAAUAGCAAGUUUUGGGGAAAUUUAUCUAAUGAUAAUUCACUCGUUCGGAAAUCUUGCUAUAAUCUAAUAAAGGUUUUGGUAAAUAAAUGGCCAUCCGAAGUUGAAGAACGAUUAGAUAUGUUUAGUAAUACUUACCUGAUGAGAGUUUUUAACGAUAAGGAUACGAGUGUCCACCAAGAUUUAUGGGAUUCUCUCCUCAUAUUUACUAGAACUAGUAAAAAAAAACCAAUGUUACCAAAAUUAUAUAACUUUCUCCGAUCUGGUGCUUAUGGAUCAAUUAACGUUUCAUAUCCAAGUAUAUUACCAUUGAUUGUUCAUCUUCCUCAAGAGCUAAUUAAUUCUGAUCAAAAAUUUUAUGAAGUAUUUUUUUCGAAUUUUUGGAAAGGCCUAUCAAGUCCCGUAAUUGAUCGAUUUAAUUCUGGUGUAUUUCUAGAAGCAUAUAGUGAAUGCUUAAUUUCUUCCUGGAAUAUUUCCAUUGAUGUUUUUACCAUAUCUAGAAAGCAUGAAAGUGAGAGGGACAAACUUAUUUAUCUUGUUGAAAAAGUAUUUUUUGGAUUAAUUGAGAAUUAUUUGCUGGAAUCUGAGUCUAAUGCCAAAUUUCAGUCUGGGCAGAUGUGUUCUAUUUUAUCAACAAAUAUCUCUUCAUUAUUUUCUAAGUUAAAAGAAACAGCCCAUGGAACUGUUCCUAAUCCCGGUCCUAAUGUCGAGAAUGAUUACAUGGAAUUCUCUCGAAGAUUUUCACAUUUUCUUAGCUCAUUGAUGUUAACCCCGGAGAUUCGACAAAAAGUUGGUGAACUUUUCGCUAUGUUUGAAACACUUGUGGUUCACAUUUUCUGUUUGGUAAUAGAUAAAUGUAAAGAAAAUAAUGGUUGUUCUUUAGGCUUAGAUCUUUUGUUAUUAAAUUUUAUAAAGAAUAUGUCCGACAUUAUUUUUAAGAACUCUACCACAAAACAGUCGUUAGACAAAUUUAUCGAAACCACAUUUAAUGAUAUUGUUGCAACUUGUUCAAUAAGUGCACUUGAUUACUUAAUUGAAUCCUAUUCGGUAUAUUUAUUUUACGCACAAGAUCCACAAGCUAAUGAAAGUUGGCAUAAUUUCAUGCGAAUUUUAUUGGAAUUCAAUGAUUUAGAGAAAAAACUUGAAUGCAUUCGUCUUUCAAUAAUUAAAGUUUCUGAACUUAAGAUCUUGGGCCCAUUAAUCAACGAUCCUUUCGAUGAAUUUUUGAUUUUUAUCACCAAUGAAUUAUUUAACGAUAAAAUUAAUGCAAAUAUUAGAAAGUUGAUUGAAGAUGUUUUGGAACUCACGUUUUUAUCUGACGUUUCCCUAUUGUCUCAAAAGACCAAGUUAGAUAUUUUGAAUCAUUUUUCUAAAGGAAUUGAUACUUUUGCACAUUCUUACUAUUCUAUCACUGGAGAUACUGUAAUUUCUUACGAUAGUGUGGUUUCAGUAUUACGUAUUUUUACCAAAUUAUGUGGAGACGUCCAAUUCAUGAAAAUAUUAUUGGAAUCAGAUUUAUUGUUAAUUUCAUGGGCAAUAUUUGAACUUACUUUUGUGAAAACUUAUGAAAGUCCUGAUUCGGAAAUUAUUAAAGAUAUCGGAUCAUUAGUUCAAAAUAGCUGGAGUCAAAUUUCAAAUUCUUGUCGAGCUAAUCAUAAAGAAGAUGUAGUGUUUCAUCAUAUCUCUCAACAAAUCAGAGAAUCUCUUUUGAAUAUACAAUAUGCUGUUAGUCCUACAGAUUUCGCGCAACGUGUUAUGAAAUUAUGCACAAGUCUUUAUCAAGCUGAACGUGCAACAUCUCCUGAAGUCAUUGCACCUUUUCUCCUUAGUGAACAAGAAUGGCGUCAGCUUAGUGAGCCUUUGUUAACCUCCCCUAUUGAUCCAUCCCUCGUUAUUGUUGAUCCAAUGAUACCUAUUACUUGUAAUGGUGAGAUGCAAGUUAAAAAUCAUUUUGAGACGCAAUCUACGCAAUCUAUCGCUUAUGAUAUAUAUGGAUUAAGUGCUUAUGCACGGUUAGGAAUUUUUGCGAUAGAAUUAAUCAAUAAGAUUGGUGUUUUGACGUUCUUUGAUAUUAACGAUUCCAAGGGUGUGCCUUUCGAUGCACAAGAGAAACAUUCGUCCCAUUGGGUACUUUCAGAAUUAUUAUUGAUGCAUGUUUUGUGUAAUGAUAUUCAUCGUUCACGUAAGAGAAGACAUCAUCUUUGGGAUGCAACUGUAACCGAAGAGAGCGAUUACCAUGGAUUUAAAGCAUUUCUUGCAGAUUACCCUACGAUAUUAAAACAUUACGUGAAAUCUACGAUGCAAAAUACAUCUAUUGGUUUGAAAUCACUUGCAGAAAAGAUGAAGUUCGGAUAUAGUUCUAAACAAUGUCCAAUAAUUGAUUUAUCUAGUAUGCUUGUUGAUACUUUGAAGCGUUCACAUGGAAAUUAUUCACAUUACUGGGCGAGAACUUUACAAAUUUUAUUUUCGACGAUUUUGGAAGUAUUAGAUGUAUUGGUUGUUGACGCAGAAGAAUUUCUUGAAAUAUUUCAAUUGGAAUCAUCUGAUUGUAACCUCGUCACUAAAGUGGCAUUAAUUUCGUCAUUAAGACCAUUCCUUGAAACUUCCAAAAAGUUCAAAACUUUUCAGAAUGAUCUGCUUAGUAAGUUGUGCGAUCUAAGCGCAACUGAUAUUUGUAACACGGACGAUUCGUCUGCCAAUAAAGGACUGGAAUAUUUACGUCUUUUGACGAUUACAACAAAGAGGGAUGAUGAAUAUUUCCUAACUCCAAAACGUUCUUUAGAUUUAGUGAAGUGUAUAAUCAAAUGGCACGAGGAAACGGAUUCUAAAUUAUUAUUUGAUCCUGAAUAUACCCAUAUUCAAAUUCAAGUUUCACGUCUUUUUAUUUCCAUUAUUUCACCAAUACACGAUUCUCAAGGAACGCAUUGGAUAUUUAUUUUUCAAUGUCUUCAGAAUUGGUUUGAAAAAAAUCGUAAUUUAGAACUUCGGUAUGAAGCUAUAUAUUUAUUUUGUCGCUUGAUUUAUUUUAAUCUUCAGUAUGAAAAUAAAUCCAACAAGGUCGAGUCUGAUGACACAUCAAAGGAAGGUUUAUACAAAUCUUUCUCCGAGUUUAAAACGACAUUAUAUGAAACAUUAUCUCCUUUAUUAUUUCAAGAAAAGGGUAAAUUUUUAUCAUUUAAAGUUGGUUAUUUGAUUGAAGUUUAA